AGUCUGAUCGUGUUUUUUGUGUUAGCUUUUGUCAACUUGUUGUAAAAUUUUCAUAAAUUUUCAUUCAUUGCAAUUCAUUGAUUCAUCCGUUUUGUUUCAUUGCUUGCACAGCUAUUGUUUGAGGUUGUCGUUAUCUAAAUUAUUCCCCAAAACCAAUUAAUCUUUAAAUAAUACGCAAUUUAACUGAUAAAUUAUCAAUAAACAAAAUUCAAGAUGAUUCCAUUAUCAAAAGGAGCCAUAACCCGAAUUAUGAAAGGAGAUGAAGUAGACAAGCCAAUUGUCCAAAUAUUGAGUAUCAAAAAAUUGGCAUCUGGUGGAAGUGCCGGUGCUGAUCGUUAUCGUUUGUUAAUAUCUGAUGGUGAUGUUUUGAGUUCAUUCACAAUGUUGGCAACUCAAUUGAACUCCAUGGUAACAGAAAAUACAAUUGAUAUAUAUGCUAUUAUUGAAAUAUCACGUUAUGCCAUGAGUAAAGCAAAUACUGGUGGUGGACACGCUAAAACAAUAAUGAUAGUACUUGGUAUUGAAGUUAAAGUCAAGGGUGAUGUUGUUAAAUGUAAAAUUGGUGAUCCAGUUAAUUAUGAAUUAACAGUUGGUUCAUCUGAUACAAAUUCAUCAUCAGCAGCAUCAGCAGCAUCAGCUGCACCAGCUGCACCAGCUGCAGCUUCUAUUAAUGGAAAUUCAUCAACACUACAACUAAACAAUCGUGUGGUUCCACCAGCAAAUCGUUUAAAUGAUUCAUUAAAUGCUGGAAUGGAAAUACAAACAACACCAAUUGCUGCAUUAAGUCCAUAUCAAAACAAAUGGGUCAUCAAAGCACGUGUUAGCAAUAAAUCUGAUAUUAAAAUAUGGAAUAAUUCACGUAGUAGUGGUAAGCUAUUUAACAUGGAACUCAUUGAUGAAAGUGGAGAAAUACGUUGUACAGUAUUUCAAGAACAAGUUGAUAAAUUUUUUGAUAUGAUUGAAAUACAAAAAUUAUAUUAUAUAUCACGUGCAUCAAUAAAAAUGGCAAACAAACAAUACAAUUCAUUGAAAAAUGAUUAUGAAAUGUCAUUAACUGGUGAUUCAGAAAUUAUAGCAUGUAAUGAAGAAAGUGAUGCAAUUCCAUUAAUGACAUAUGAAUUUGUACCAAUUAAAGAAAUUGAAAAUAUGGAAAAAGAUACAAUGGUUGAUAUUUUGGGAAUUGUUAAAAGUGCUGAUAAUCUUGUUGAGUUAACAUCAAAAGCUGGAAAAGAAUUUAAAAAAAGAGACAUACAUUUAAUUGAUGAAAGUAAAGUAUUAAUUUCAUUAACAUUAUGGGGUAAUCAAGCUGAAAAUUUUCAAUCAAAUAGUAAUCCAGUUAUUGCUAUUAAAUCAGCAAAAAUUGGUGAAUUUAAUGGUGGUAAAACAUUAUCAGCACAAAUGUCAUCUGUACUUCAAAUUGAUCCAGAUAUACCACAAGCUCAUGCUCUUCGUGGAUGGUUUGCAAGUAUUGAUGCUAAUUCUGAGGAAAUUCAAUCAUUGUCAAAAACAAAUUCUGCUGGUGGAAUGAGUGGUAAUUGGUCAAUGAUAAGAGAGGCUACAGCUAGAGGUAUGCAAGCUCGUGAUAUGCCUGAAACAUUUAUUUGUAAAGCAAUGAUUAAUAUGGUUCGUACAGACAAUAUUAUGUACAAAGCUUGUCCAAGUGAUAAUUGUAACAAAAAAGUUAUUGACAAUGAUGGUGUGUACAGAUGUGAAAAAUGUAAUCAAGAUUAUCAAAAUUAUAAACCACGUUUGUUGGCUAAUAUGGCUAUUUCUGACUGGUCAUCAUCUGUUUGGGCAACAGCAUUUCAUGAUGAUGUUGAACGAAUGGUUGGAUUAUCAGCACAAGAACUUCAAGAAUUACAACAAGUUAAUUCUGAUGAAUUUAAUAAAAAAAUUACAAGUCUUGCAUUCCAGCCAUUUUUAUUUAAACUCAGAAUGAAGAUGGGAAUGUAUAAUGAUCAACCAAAAAUGAAUACAUCUAUUUCUGCUGUUACCCCAGUUGAUUACAAGGCUUACAAUAAGCAUUUACUCAAGAAAAUUAAAGAAGCUGCAAAUAUCACUACAAGUAAAUAAAUAUUUAAUUUUUUUUUGUACCUCAUUUUUAUUUUCUUUAAGUUACUAAUUUUUUUUCUUGUUUAUAAAACGUGCAACAGCACUUGAAUAUGUCAUAAAAACAUUGAAUAAAAUCUUGUGUUAUUCAUAAAUAAAAUAUUUGAAUUUAUUCUUUCAAAAAAAAA